AUGUCGAGCACUCGCUGGGAUCCGGGAAUUCAUCGGUUUAUGUCUCCAUCGACGGGCCUAGUGCUCGAGUACAUUGUCCAUCGCCCCGUCGGAGCCAGCAUGGACGAUACUCGGCGCAACCUGAUCGUGGCCCAGUGUCCCGGCUGGGGCUUGGGAUCCGAGUAUCUCCAGCAGGGACUGUCAGAUCUAUGGGCGCCCUCAUCCGAGAGAAAUCAAAAUGGCCUCUCUGUCUACACCGUCGUCUUUCCCCACCCUCGUGGCACCGGUGGGUCCUCUCAGCCACUCUGGACCGGCCAGAUGAGCAGUAUGCCCAACAUGGGGUCUGACCUGGAGGAUCUUCGAAAGCACCUGGAGAUCGAACAGUUCCCCGUCCUGCUGGGCCAUUCCAACGGUGGCGCCAUCGCCCUCGGCUAUGCAGAGAUGUACCCGGACCGAGUCCAGAAACUGAUACUCAUCAACCACCAGAUCAUCGGCAUGCAAGACCGCAAGACAGAUAAAUUGAUAGCCACCAAGGACGACCCUGCGUAUCGCGGUGCCUGGGACAACCUCUUAAACCGACGCGCCGACACAGACGAGGAACUCACCGACUCCGUCAACGCCGUCUGGCCUCUGUAUUUCUACGACCCCGCAAACUACACGGAUGAACUCCUGCGCGCCAUCGGAGAUCAGAAAAUGUCCCUGUGGGCGUAUCGCUACCAGGGCCAGUGUGACCGGAGCGUUGAGCAUCCGACGCAGAUGUCAGACGGCCUCAAAUAUGUGCGGGCCAAAACGUUGGUGAUCUUCGGGCAAGACGACAUGAUAAUUGGGCUGAAGAUUGCUGUGCGCACGAUGGAAAUUCCCGGCGCAGAGCUGAUUACCUACAGGCAGUGCGGACAUUUCCCGUGGAUUGAGAAGAAAGAACACACACUGAGGGAUAUCCGGCGAUUCAUCGAGGGUCGCCAGCACUGA